UUUUUUUUUUUUUUUUUUUUUUUAGACUAUGAUAAUUGAUUUAUUGGUCUAAAGCUGUUACAAUAACCUUAUUGCUACAGCUUUCACAAACAAGGUACCCUGAUAUAUUAAUAUCUUUAAGAACAGGGUGUCUUAAAGAUAAGUUUUACUUUAUAAUUGUUAGCUAAUUACAAAUACAAAUAUAUUAUAAUAUAAACUUAUAUAAUUGCAAAUCAUUUAAAUUUGCAUUUACGUAUAUUUUAUUCCGGAUUUGACCUUUACUUUUCCAUCCUUAAUCUACCUGACACAUAUUUUACUCGUUUAGAAAAAUCGUGCGUGUGUCCAGUGUGAUCAAAUAAUCGUAACCUGACAUGAUUGAAGGAUAAUAUAGUGCAUGUGUUAAUCUUAUUGAUUUUGGAUUAUAAUCAAAAGGUUUAUUAGAACAGAUUAGACAAGCGGUACUUGUCAGAACAGCUAAUCAUAACAGAGAAUGUUGAGUAAAUUAGUAAAACAACCUUUGACAUGUGCAGUCAGACAGGUGUGUGCACAGAGAUCAAGUGUCAGAACAAUCGCCACACAGACUAACAAGUCCCAGGAAGUGUUCAAAAGGGAGGAUAAGUUUGGUGCUCAUAAUUAUCACCCCUUACCAGUAGCUCUUGAAAAGGGAGAAGGUUGUUUUGUAUGGGAUGUAGAAGGCAACAGAUACUUUGACUAUCUCAGUGCAUAUAGUGCAUGUAACCAAGGACAUUGUCAUCCAAAGAUUGUCAAGGCAUUAAAUGACCAAGCAUCCAAGUUAACCUUGACUUCAAGAGCAUUUUACAACGAUGUGUUGGGAGAAUUUGAGGAAUAUAUCACAAAAAUGUUCAAAUAUGAUAAAGUACUUCCAAUGAAUACAGGUGUAGAAGGAGGAGAAACAGCCUGUAAAUUAGCAAGGAAGUGGGCAUAUAACGUGAAGAAAGUUCCAGAUAACCAAGCAAAGAUUAUUUUUGCUUCUGGUAAUUUCUGGGGUCGUACACUAGCUGCUAUCUCAUCAUCUACAGACCCUUCUAGUUAUGCUGGCUUUGGACCAUACAUGCCAGGAUUUGGCAUGGUUCCAUAUGAUGAUUUAGGUGCACUUGAGAGAGAAUUCCAAGAUUCCAAUGUAUGUGCCUUUAUGGUUGAGCCUAUCCAAGGAGAAGCUGGUGUGGUUGUUCCAUCUGAUGGGUAUCUGAAAGGGGUUAGAGAGCUGUGUACUAAGUAUAAUGUGCUAUGGAUUGCUGAUGAGGUUCAAACAGGUCUAUGCAGAACAGGAAAAAUGUUGUGUGUAGAACACAGCGGUGUAAGACCAGAUAUGUUAGUAUUAGGCAAAGCUUUAUCUGGUGGUAUAUUUCCUGUCUCAGCAGUAUUAGCAGAUGAUGAAGUGAUGUUAACAAUAAAACCAGGAGAACAUGGAUCUACAUAUGGAGGAAAUCCUUUAGGAUGUAAAGUAGCCAUUGCUUCGUUAGAGGUUUUACUUGAGGAGAAACUGGCAGAUAAUGCAGCCAAACUUGGAGAAAUGUUGAGAAAAGAAUUAAAUAAACUUCCAAAAGAUGUUGUCAAGGUAGUAAGAGGAAAAGGAUUAUUGAAUGCUAUUGUGAUUAGUGAAAAAUUUGAUGCAUGGGAUGUCUGUGUGAGACUUAGAGAUAAUGGAUUACUAGCUAAACCUACCCAUGGUGACAUCAUUAGAUUUGCUCCACCCCUUGUAAUGAAUGAAGAACAGUUAAUGGAGUCUGUGAACAUUAUAAAAUCUACAGUGAUGUCCUUCAAUUAGAAAACUUUAGCGGUAGUGAUUUUGAUUGUUUUAGGUCAUAAAAGUACACUAAAACAUACUUAAUAUUGUCCAAAAAAUUUCAAGAUAGACUUAAUUUGAUUCAAUCAAGAAUUAUUGCCAAUAUUUGGCAGCAUUAAAUAAUUUGAAGAAGAAAAAAUUCCAAGACAUUUGAAAGGGAGUAAAAAAUGUGCAGUACUUUUUUAAGUUGACAAUUUGAAAUCCACCUAUUUAAAGCAAUAGAGGUUUUACAAUAUGAAAAUUACACAGAAUGAUUGAUAAACUUAAUUUUUCCUUUAAAUGUGUAUAUCUUUAUUUUUGGGUGUUUGGACAACUUUCUUUUCAUUAUUUUUCUUUUCUUAUACUAUACAUAUAUUGAUUUGCAUUUGUUAUUGAUUGAAAGCUUAACUUUAUGAUGUUGUGCAUCAUUGUUUUCUUGUUAUACUUAAUGGAUCUGCAAACUGUUGAAACAUCUGAAGUAAUUGGUAUUUUUACUUAACAGAAUUUUGAAUUGAUCUUUUUACAACACUGGAAUUUUAUUUUCAGUGGUGAAGUCUUAAGUUUUUUUUAGAAAUAUUAAAUGAGUAUUAGCAUUUGAAUACUCUGUUUUUGAUUAAAUC